UAGCCAUAGUGAUAGCCCAUCUAACAGCCUGUCAUCAUACUUCGCGUGAUGCUAAUGAAGACGGGUUAGUUACGACUCUCCAGCACAAAUAUUUUGGCACCAUCAACGGCGACCUCUCCAAACCCCACAACCUCGGCAUCGCCGCCGGCGCCACGUUAUCUCCGCAUCGGCGGUGCCAUGAGGUCUCUCUCCCGCCUAUUCACCCCCACCUACAUUGCCAUGGCCGCCCCCUCCCCGUCGCCGUCCCGACGUCUUGCCCACAUCACUCGUCACCUCCUCGCCUCGUCCUCUUCCGGCGAGCUCUCCUCGGUGGGCGCCCCUGCCGCCGCCGUCGCCGACAGUCCCGCCCGCGCGGCCGCUUCCAAGGGCUUCGCCGCCGUGCUGGUCUGCAUCUUCAACGACCCCCGGGGCGACCCCCGCGUCCUCCUCACCAAGCGUGCCUCCUCCCUCAAUUCCCACUCAGGGGAGGUGUCGUUGCCCGGGGGGAAGGUGGAGGAAGGGGAUGCGGAUGUGAAGGCGACGGCUCUGCGGGAGGCACAGGAGGAAAUUGGGCUGGAUCCCGCGCUUGUCUCUAUUGUGACAGUUCUUGAGCCUUUCCUGUCCAAGAACGGCCUUGACGUUACUCCUGUAAUUGGCGUUCUCUUGGAUAGAGCAUUAUUCAAACCUGUCCUGAAUAAAGCUGAAGUGGAAGACAUCUUUGAUGCCCCUCUUGAGAUGUUUUUAAAGGAUGAUAACAGGACAACACGAGAAAGGGAUUGGAUGGGAAUGACGAUUCCGGUACAGUUUUUUGAUUACCAGGCAGAGGGCAAAAAAUAUGUCAUUUGGGGCUUAACUGCACACAUUCUGACUCGUUCUGCAUCAGUGGUUCUACAGAGGCAACCAUCGUUCGUUGAACUUCCCAAUAGACCAAGCAAUACUACCAUCACUAGCAAGCACUAAUGAACUGAAAUGUCAAACUUCGAACACUAAAUUGUUCGUGUAUUUCUGUAGAGAUGUAAAUUGUGUGGCCUGUAUAGCACAAAAGAUAAUACUCUGGAACAUUUGCUGCUCUCAUAUUUUGAGCUGAGACUCAGGCAAUGACCGCUCGAUGGAAUUUGACUCGUGA